CAUCUUUUCUUGCAUUUCAAUGAAGUGAUUGGCAAAGUUUUGCACAUUAGCCUAUAAACUUCAUCUGUGGAUAUACCUUCCUGGGAAGCGUGUUGAACCCUAUCGUAUUAUUUUACCAUUUUUAGUGGAGUGACAACCAGUUGGCUUUGGCAGCAUAAAAUCCUUUAUCAGGCAUACCCUAAAGGCUUUCUCGAUUCAGAAGGGCAAACAAGAAUCAGGGCUUAUUAUUAUUAUUAUUAUUGUUGUUGUUGUUGUUGUUACAAAACAUAUACGCAUAAAAAAAAAAAUGUCGUCCAGCAUCUUAGCACUUUUGCCGGAUUCGAUUUCCGCGCUGCUCCUUGACAACUCUAUUAUUCAGUCGCCGAUCCCAACAUCACCAUCCAAAAAAACCCCAUCUACCUCAACAACCACAACAACAUCUUUGGAUCCUCGGAUUCUUAGGUCUUGGCUUAAACAGAUCCCGCGUUCGACUUGGAUCCGUCUUGGAUCUGAAUGCCACAAUUCAGGAUUUGCAGCGGAAGCAGCAGUGGCGAUCAAGGGGGCCAAACCUGCAGCUGCAUCUUCCGUUUCCAUGUUCUCAACCGCGGCAACUGCAGCCAGAGCUGCAGCUUUACUAUCCGAUAACGGAAUCCCUAGGAUCCUGAAGACCAUUGAGCGCCGAAGACGACAAUAUCAACAAUACCAGCAAGAGCAAGAGCAACAAAAAAGUGCCCGGAGCAUAUCUGGAGAAGACAAAAAAGUGGAAGAAGAAGAAGAGGAGGAGGGUGCUGCAACAGAGACACGACCAGCAUUAUGGGACCUUUAUGAGUUUUAUAAAACACAUUGCUCAUCGACGUCGCCACUAUCAUCAGCACUCAAGGAAAAUGGUAAAGGGAAGAGACGGAUUCCAGGAGGUUCAGAGAAUAAUCGCCAUCAUCAUCAGCCUCAGUUUUCACCCUGGCAACUUGAAUUUCUAAAAUCUGGAUGUCCUGAAUUGGUGAUCCAGGUAUUUUUGGACACGUUUUUAGAACACGGACCACGACACGGUUUCGAGCGUGAUCUUCCUAUAGACUUGAUUGAAGCUCUAGAUUAUGAAUGGCGUUCGUCAUCACCAUCACCAUCAUCGUCAUCAUCAUUAUCAACAGCUGCCACAGAAACCAGUGCUGCCACAGUAGUAGAGACGGCAGCAAUAGCAACAGUGGCGGCAAAAGCAUCCAAGAGAGCCGUGCUGGCAUUGAUUCAGACUCUAAUUUCAUGUCGCCGAUAUGCAAAGAAUCAUAAUCGUGAUUCAAAGCAGGCGGCGGCCGCUAGAGGGCUCGUCCUUGGGGUACUCGGACGGAAAAAAGGUUCGUCUGCUGAGCCUAUGACUGUUAUAACAGAAGCUGGGUCGACAACAGCAGCGACAGGGGUUGAUAUUAACAAGUUUGAUGAGCAACAACAGGAAUUAGACCAGGCUUGCCAUCAGCUAGCAUUAUUAUUAGCGGAAGCAUGUGCAGCGCUGGAAGUAUUCUUUGAGACAGAACGUGGACGGAAUCUUCCAAAGCUUUUAGCUUUGUAUCAACAAGAAACCGCAGCGGAUGCCAAAAUGCAAUCAAGAUCUAGUGGUAGUGCGGGUAGUAAUGUUGGUGGCAUCGGCACUAGCGUCAGUGGAGGUGGAUCUGGAUCUGGGCUGGACAGAGGUAUCAAACGACCACUCGUCGGAGGAGGGGCAAGUGGUGUUGGUAGCGGCUUCAAUGGAUCGGAUCCUCUAGAUCCUGUUUCAAGGAAACGUCUCAAAAGUACUGGAGGAACCGAGACAGGGGGAUCACUCAGUGUAGUCUCGUCAACAUUGUCUCCGACAGCAGCGUCCAGCCCUUCUUCUUCUUUAUCAACACCAACAGGGGUAUUAGGACAGCAGCCCUCACCUGCGUCCCCGUUGACAACUGUGGCGUCACGUGAUAAUAGCGCCGACGGCAACAAUGGAGGCGAUAAAACAAAUACAAAGCCGUUUAAGACCACCUCUCAAUUUGUGGACCAGGCGAUGACAGGAUAUGCAUCCGUGCUUGCCUCACAAACAUCGUCUGCUACUGGCGGUGCUGGAACUGGAGUUGGAGUUGGAGCCGGAACAGGGGCCGGCGGUAGCUUUGUACCAUCUACACACCUGCCAUCCACUUCAACUCUUGCAAGCAGCGUGAGUGCUCAUCAACAGGCCAAACUCUCGAACCCACUAUGGUCUCCGAUCAUGGGCUUGACUCAUCUACCACAAUUACCAACCAAAUAUGCUGCUCAGGCGGAUUCCGAACUGGAGCGGUGGAUCACAUUGCUAGGGCAUAUGGAUGGGGCAGUCUUCUCUGAAAAGCUGGUUGGGUUGAUCAAGUCAGUUUAUCCAAGCGACCAAAAGUUCCUGUUAGACCAGAUCUUGAUUGAUUUUAUGUGUUGGGAUGGAAGUGGUAGUAGUAAUAGUGGCAGUAGUAGUAGCGGUGGCAUUGGUGGUGAUCGAGAUCGAGAGCUUGGUGCGGAAGGGCUGGCUUUUUCAGCAGCAAAGUACUUGAAGGAAGGAUUGGUCAGUAAUAAUGACGCAGCAACGAUGGCAACAGCAACAUCAACAACAUCAGCAACAGGGGCGUUAACAAUGAAAACAAAAUCAAAUAUUAAGACAGGACAAUGGGUCAUGGAAAUGAUCAUGAGUGCGUUAGUGGGUCUCGUAAUUAAACCAGAGGAGAGCAGUUCCUACCUAGAACCUGGGUCUAAAAAAUGGAUAGAGCCAAUUGAGUUUCCAGCCGAUACUUUCACAGCUAGUGGCACUAGUGGUAAUAAUACUGUAAAAAAUGCAGGGGAUGGUAGUGCGAUGGCAUCAUCAAAUACAGCUGCUGGCACAGUAUCCAUAUUACGUCCAUCUGCAGCGUUAGGAGGCACCAAAAAGCGUCGUGUUCGUAACUUGUAUAACCGUCGAGUGAGUCCAUUUUAUGCAGUGCUGACAAUGUUCCAAACAAAACGCGUUGUGGGUAGAAUCAGCGGGAUGAUCUACUCGAGUGGGGACGAUUUGCCAGACGACUUGGCUGGCGCAGGAGCAGGAGGCAUUGCAGACUCCGGUGCCGGCGGAGUUGCCGGGCUGGAUGCACAGGAACUUUUGAAGCAAGUCAGUGAAACUAGCUCGAUCACAAAUGCAGCACCUAAACUAAUGUUGAAUGAGCUGGAAGAGCCUGAUCCAAUGGUGGCCAAAAUGGACCGUAGAAAAAAGGCAAAGAAGUUGAAAAAGCGCGAGAAGAAAGUCCAACUCAAGUUACUGAAAAAAAUGGAGAUGGAAGGAAGGGUUGUCCACGGUGAAGGAAAUACCAUAUUAGGAGGCGGAGGGAGUAGUGGAGGCAGUGGAGGAGCGAGCAAUUUCAGUAUUAAAGAUUUAGAUGCAGAGGAAGAGAUUGACCGAAGAGCCAAGAUGGACUUGGAUGAGCAGGCAGCGGAUGUGGAGGCACAACUAGCAGGCUUCAGCGGCCUGCGAUCGGAUAGUAGUGUGUUGCCUAAGAAUGGCAAACAGAGCGACAAAACAAAAGAUGGUGACCAUGAAGCUAAGAAAGAAAAAGAUAAGGAUGAAGAUAGGGCACAGAGUAUAGGUGGUGUUGAGAGAGAUGAAGACGCUCCUGAUUCACCGCCGAAUCAUCAGCCGCAUGAUGAUGAAGAGGAUGAUACUGAGGCCUUAGAGCUGGCUAGACAGGUGGAAGCAUCUCGUAUAGUGUGCCAGGCGCCUCUCAAUGUAUUAAUGUUUAUUUUGCAGUACUUAACGCGAGCUAACCAAUCUGGGGCCCUGGAUUCAUGGAUUACGGAUGCCCUGUCUGCAACAUUACCAGCACUGCAGAUACAGUAUUUUGAGUGGAUGCUAUGCUGUUUAGCCGUGGCACUAACUUCACCAUGGACUUCAUCAUCAUCGACGUCAGUUGGUGAAGCUGCUGUAGCUGCAGGAUAUGACUCUGGAGAUGUUGUAGUGUUCGAGGAGGAAUUACUUCGAUUGCUCGCUGUUCUUUUAACAGCUCAAGGAAUAGGGUAUGAUCCUGUUCGAACUGCAAUGGAGAAUGUAGAGCGGGCACAUCGUGAUCUCAUGAGAGGAGGGAAGGGAGAGAAUGCUGCUACCAACGAACAAACGAAGGCUAGCCCUGAAGACGGACUACGAAGAGGAGAGAGAGGAGAAGAAACGCAGAUGGAGGUAGAUAAUGAUGUGACUACCAUUGCGGAAAACCGUCCCUGUAGCAUCCAAGGACCAUAUUGGACAAGGGUCAAGACUUUGCUUGCAAAUCAUUGAGUACAGUAAAUUAGAUGUCUUUGAGAUAGCCUCAGCGCUCCAGCUCUCUUUUCUGCUAGACGUUCGUGGUAAAAGACGAAAACAAUAAAAAGCGGCAAUUCAAC